AUGCAGAGUGAGAAAACAGAAACUGUUAAAAGAGAGAGGGUUGCUGUCAAGGGACAGACAGUAACCUACAGCACACCUGUGUCCCAGAGUAAUACACUGCCCUAUAUCAAAGAAGUAUCAGAUAAGAGUCCUCAUAUAGCAAGGAACACAGCAAAGGAAAGGUUAAAGCUGAAUACUUCACGAAGAAUACAAGACUGCAUUGCUCAGCAUGCCCAGCAACCAUACAAUUCUACUAAUGGACUGCCACCAAAAAUGAAUGGUGUUACCACAAAACACCAUAGUAAAUUGUUAAAUCUCAUUGGGAAAAGAUGUCUUGUGAAUUGCGAAAUGGACAACAUUCCAGUUCAGGCUUUAUGUGAUACUGGCUCUCAAGUUAGCCUAAUCAAUGAGAGUUGGAGACAAAGAUUCUUGCCACAUACAGUGCUCAGAUCAUUGGAAGAAUUGCUUGGACCAGGAGUUUUAUGCGGAAAAGCAGCCAAUGAGACUGAAAUUCCCUUUUCUGGUUGGGUUGAAGUAACUUUCCAGCUAACAUCAAGCAACAAUGACAGAAAACCACUCUUAGUGCCACUGGUAGUAUCAGAUGACUGUAAAGUAGCAGAACAACCAAUUAUUGGUUAUAAUGUCAUUGAAGUAUUCAAAGCUACAUGUGCAGAGGAAAAAAAAUCCAUUCCUAGUUUGGUUGAUGUACUAAGAACAGCACUGACAGUAUCAACAAGUAAGGCCAAAAUUCUGGUUAAACUUCUACAAGCAAGAUGUGUACAAUCUUGUGAUGCUAAAAUAAAGACUGGUACAAAGAACCAAAGAAUUCCUGCAAAUACUGUGACCAGCAUCAGGUGUGAUGCCCACACAGGACCUUCACUGCAAAAUCAGACAGUUCUGUUUACACCUUGUGACAUUCACCAGUUACCUGGUGGACUACAUGUAUGUGAGACAUUAGUAACCAUUCGAAGGGGACAGUUCUCUAAACUAACAAUUCCUGUUUGGAACACAACCAAGCACGACAUUGUUUUACCUGGCCUUACUAAGCUUGGAUGCAUUGAAUCUAUAAAGACAUUGUACCCUGCACAGAUGAAGCUGAAACCGUCGGUAGAUGUCUAUAUCCACUCAGUAAGUAAAGAAAUUCAUGUAUCUACGACAGGACCAGAGGAUAAAAUAGACAAUUUAAACAAGGUCAGUUCUCUGGAGAGCCACACCAAUAGAGAAUUAUGGGAUCCAGAAGUGUCCGUAAAACAUCUCACAAAGGAACAGCAGCAGAUAAUCAGAAAUAUGUUAAGGGACGAAUGCAAUGCUUUUGCAAAAGACGACUCUGAUGUUGGAUAUAUUCCUUCCUUACAGUUACAGAUUCGCCUAAAAGACAACAUACCUGUCAAGAGAACGUAUAUGUCUGUACCAAAACCACUGCACCAAGAAGUAAAGGAAUACCUGCAAGAUCUGCUAAAUCGGGGCUGGAUUGCAAAGUCGAAAUCUUCAUAUUCUUCACCUAUUGUGUGUGUGAGAAAGAAGGAUGGUAGUUUAAGACUGUGCUGUGACUACAGAGAGUUAAACCAGAAGUCCAUUCCUGACCGUCAUCCAAAUCCAAGGGUUCAAGACAUUCUUGAUAGUUUAGGAGGAAGUUCAUGGUUCUCCGUGCUAGAUCAAGGUAAAGCAUAUCAUCAAGGAUUUGUGGAAGAAUCGAGUCGACCAUUAACUGCCUUUAUUACACCUUGGGGUCUAUAUGAAUGGAUCCGAAUACCAUUUGGUCUUAGCUCAGCACCUGCAGAAUUCCAGCGAAGUAUGGAAUCAUGUUUACUAGGAUUAAGAAAUGAGAUUUGUCUACCUUACCUAGAUGACAAUCUAGUCCAUAACAAGUCAUUCCUUGAACAUGUAGAACACGUACGGGUCGUUCUUUAA